AUGGCGGAGGACUUCUCCCCGCAGCGGCACGCGGGCGCGCACGGCCCGGCGGCCCCGCCGGCGGCCAGCCCCGCGGCGCGCGGCGCGCGGCAGAAGUGGAACCCGCUGGCGGAGAUCGGCAGGAAGAGCGAGACCGAUUGGGACGUGGCAUCGAGGAUGUCAACCCUUUCCAUCCAGGGAGAAUCCCCGGCUUAUGAGACAGAUGGCAUUGCUAAGUAUCCAAAGUACAAAGCUACUGUCCUGUAUCAUCUGCGGGAUCCAGUUUCGGAGUCGCUUCAGCGAGCUCUUCACGCUGGCAGUCUCCAGCCUCCGUUCGAGGAGAUGACCGUGAUUAGGGGGAAGUGCGUGAACCGCUACGUGAUGCAACGACACGUGGUGGCAGCCGAGGACAUUCGGGCUGAUUUCGAUUUUGAAGCGGAGUCAGUGGGGUGCGGAGCUGCGGAUACGUAUUACAAAGCGAAUGGUUUUGUGUUGGUCAGGGACCCGGCCAGGGCACUGUUCCACGGCUGCGACCCGAAGGCCACAGGGUUCAGUUCAAUGACAUGUGAUGAAAUUGCUGCAGCUCAGGAGAAGUACGUUUUGAAUGAGCCCGGCAACCGGAUAAACUACGAGAGGAAUGUGGAAGGGAUAUUGCGGUCUGCCUUAGCUGGAGUGGAGGAGGUCGUCAUCUUCGAUCACACAGUACGGUGCGACUCCUUGGACGACAACGACAGGAUAAAGGAGGAGUUGUCGCCGCAGACGGACGCUGGUCAACAGAGACUGGAGGCCAAUACAGAUGCCGUCAAUACAAGCUGCAUCUCCGGGGUCAGGCCUCCUGCGGCAUAUGCUCACGGAGAUUACUCGGUCGAGAGUGCUGCGCGCCGAAUCGACACGGAAAUCAGUGGUGGCAACGUCAGUUCGGGUUCUUCGGAGAGCCAAAGAAGAUCCCUUUGGCGCGAGGCCGUGACGGAUGACCAUUUCUGGCACAUCUUGAAUGUGUGGCGCCCGUUGGAUUACGCAGCGGAGCGAACGCCGCUAGCAUUUAUUCAUCCCGAGAGUGUGGACGAAUCCAGAGACUGGAUAAUGAAGCCGAUCCAAUUGCCAGACCGCGUGGGGCAGCUGAGAGGGUACUUGAGCCCGUUAGAGGGAGCAGAUGGGAUGUCUGAAUCUGCCCGCAACCAGCACCGUUGGACUUUCGUCCCGAGAGUUGGCACAGACGAGGCCUGGAUUUUCUGCAACUACGACUCCAGGAUGGGCGGGGUGGGGCACAGCGCAAAUUGCACGCCCUGGGUUGGGCACAGCGGGUUGGACGUGGAGGGAACGCGGCAGAGCAGGCCUCGGCGCAGCAUAGAAACGCGUGCCAUGGUCAGGUUCAGGAAGUCAUGA